AUGGUUGAUCUGAUUGUGCUUGAGGGUAUGAAUUUGCACAUCAUUCUGGGCAUGGAUAGGCUAGUCAGAUAUGGAGUCAUGAUUGAUUGUUGUAGUAGGAAGAUUUACUUCUCUGCUAAGAAUGAGAAGAAUGACUCCCCAUAUUUAUCAGUGUUGCAGACGAUAAAGGCUCUAAAUGUGGGAGAUGGGGGAUAUAUCAUGCUAGGAGGGUUGGUUGGUGACUCUAAGGAGCCAACUUUGAGUAUCCCUAUUGUAUGUGACUUUGAGGAGGUAUUCCCAGAUGAGAUCCCACAGUUUCCACCAGAAAGGGAGAUUGAAUUCUCCAUUGACCUAUUGCCUGAUGUAGGGCCUAUCUCUUUGGCUCCAUACCGGAAUGUCACUAGUGGAACUUGUAGAGUUGAAGAAGCAAAUAGAAGAUCUGUCCAGCAAGAAUUUCAUUAG